UUCAACUGCAAGGGGACGUAGAGAUGGCUGGAUGUCAACGUCUUCUUGUUUUAAGCUCAUGGUAGGGGUAACCUGCUCUGUCUUUCCAGCAUUACCGAUUAAACUUACCAGCAGGUGAAGUGAUGGUCUAAAUAGCAGCACUGGCCAGCCGAAAAGCCACUUUUGGGGGCGUUUAGCUGCCCGCUCGGAUCGGGAUGAUCUCAACUGUGGGCAGUGAUUGGUGACAAAGCCUCUGUGUGUACACUGCGGGGUGGCUACUGUAGGAUGAGCUGCCCCAGUGCCAUUGCUGUCUGUGGGGAUUGACACACACGCUACACAUUCAGCAGUCGAUGCAGUCUUCCAGAGGCUCUCCCUCCCUGUGGCUGAGAACCCAGCAGCAGCAGCACCAUGUCCCGCGUCUCCUCCACGGCCAAGCGCUAUGCUGGCUCCUCCUACACCAGCCACUACAGCUCCUAUGGCUCUCCACUGACCCCGGGCCUUAGCUCUUAUGGUGAGCGGGAGAAGCUGUCCUCCUACAAAUCCCCCGCCUCCUCCUCAGGUUACUCCUCCUCCAGCUACCUGAGCAGCUCCGCCGCCCGCACACGCAACUACAGCACCUCAUCGGAGCCCGACCGCGACCGUGGCCGAACCGUCCCACGCACCGAUAUCCUCGGGAGCAGCAGCAGCAGCAGCCGCCGCAGCGAGAGCCUCAGCCGAACCCAUGUCAAGGGCUAUGGAGGGUCAGGGUUGAGUGGGGGGUCGGUCUACUCUGGCUACAGCUCCUACUCUUCCUCCUCCUCCACUCAGCCCAGCUACCUCUCCUCCUCACCGAUGGCCUCCAGCAUUUCGCUUAGCCGACGCAAAUCUGUGUCCCAGAGCGACCUGAGCAGGGACCUGUCCUCCUUGAGCCUCACCGACCCUUCCUCCUCCUCCUCCUCUCCUUCUUCUUCCAGCAGUGCCCUGAGGAGCUACCGCAGUCGGACCAGUGAUGUGGCCGACUCGUACAGCAGCAGCUCCCGCCCCGGCUACUCAGGCCUAUCACGGAGCACCACUCAGGAGGCCCUCUCACGGAGCUCCACCCACGAGGCCUUCAGCAGCAGCAGCAGCAGCAGAGGGUUCAGCUCAUCAUGGGAGACGAGCAGCAAUGGGCACUCAAGCUCCCCUGCCAGGGACUCUACGAACUCCAAGAGUGCCCAGGGCCUGGUGGGACUAAGGAAUCUGGGAAACACUUGUUUCAUGAACAGUAUCCUGCAGUGUCUCAGCAACACACACAACCUGCGAGACUACUGCCUGCACAACUCGCACCGCAGAGACCUUAACAACAACAGCCGCACCAACACAGCCCUCAUGGAAGAAUUUGCCAAGCUGAUCCAGACUAUAUGGUCGUCGUCCAGCAGUGAGGCAGUCAGCCCGUCCGAGUUCAAAACUCAGAUCCAGAGAUAUGCUCCCAGAUUUGUGGGAUACAACCAACAGGACGCCCAGGAGUUCCUGCGUUUCCUCCUGGACGGUCUGCACAACGAGGUCAACAGGGUCACCGUCAGGCCGAGAGGCACUGUGGAGGACUUCGACCACCUGCCGGAUGAGGAGAAAGGGAAGAAAAUGUGGAGUAAAUACCUUGAGAGAGAGGACAGUAAGAUAGUCGACCUGUUUGUAGGCCAGCUCAAGAGCUCUCUGACCUGCAGCCACUGUGGCUUCUGCUCCACUGUCUUCGACCCCUUCUGGGAUCUCUCUCUACCUAUCGCCAAGAAGGGCUAUGGUGAGGUGAGUCUGAUGGACUGCAUGCGGCUCUUCACCAAAGAAGACGUUCUUGAUGGGGAUGAGAAGCCGACAUGCUACAGGUGUAAGGCCAGGAGAAGAUGCACUAAGAAGUUCACAAUACAAAAGUUCCCGAAGAUUUUGGUGCUUCACCUAAAACGCUUCUCUGAAGCCCGUAGAACCAGCAAACUGUCCACAUUUGUCAACUUCCCCAUGAAGGACCUUGACCUGCGGGAGUUUGCCUCUGAAAACAGCAUAAAUGCAGUGUACAACCUAUAUGCAGUGUCCAACCACUCAGGCACCACUAUGGGCGGUCACUACACAGCCUACUGUCGCAACCCCAGCUCGGGAGAAUGGUACACCUUUAAUGACUCCAGAGUAACGCCAAUGUCCUCCAGCCAAGUGCGCAGCAGCGAUGCCUACGUCUUGUUCUAUGAGCUGGCUUCCUCCUCGCGGAUGUGAAGCCUGCUGCAGGACAGCGGACCACGGCGCCUCACCGAUGGACGAAUGGAUGGAGAAGGAGAGCAUUGGUGGAGCCUGGCCUCAUUUGGACUUGUAUUCGGACGUAUAUCACGCACACACACACACAUAAAGGCACACACUUCCACCGACCCGAAGGCUGCUCUUGCAUUACAGAGAGAGCCAGAGAGGUGAACACUGCUGGAGCAGCACUCUGGAAACCACAGGAAUCGCUUCAAUCCACCCAGCCCUUCUCUCUUUCUCUCUCUGUCUCUCCUCUACUGUUGUCUUGCUCAUUCUGGCUGGAGGUGUGUGUUAACAGUGUGUGUGUCCCCGUGCGUGUAUGUGUGUGUGUGUGUGUGUGUGUGUGUGUGAGCGUGUUUGUGUGUGUGUGAGGCUGACACAGGGCAAUAAUCCCAUCUGACUGACCAACCAGUGAAUCCGUCUCCAUCUCAGAAGUCCCUCUCUAUGCACUGCAAACCAAACCCUCAUCCCGUCUGCGCCUUCGUUUUUUUUUUUGUUUGUUUGUUUUGUUUUGUUUUGUUUUUUUGGUUUUCUGUUUCUUAAUCUUCUCGCCUCAAAACAUUAAAAAGAAUGAGACUCGUUGCAAUUU